GGUGCAGUUAGCUCUGCUCUUCUGGACCUAGAACUUAGUGAGUGGUGUCAUUUUGAAGAAAACUGCUGAAGUUUUUAUAGCGAGGGGAUUUUACAAGUCAAAAUCUUCAAGAAGAUUUUUUGUGUGAUUUAAAAAAAUCAACUUAGAUGUUUGGAAUUUGGAUUGCUGCACUCUUAUUCUUUGGCCCAUCAACAGGAAAAGAGAUCUGCUAUGAAAGGCUGGGGUGCUUUCGAGAUGGUUUACCAUGGACCGGGACUCUGUCCAGGCAGUUCGCUGGUUUGCCCUGGUCCCCGGAAGAGAUAAACACUCGCUUCCUGCUCUACACCAGGCGCAACCGCAUAGCCUACCAGGAGAUCAGUGCGGUUAACCAUCGAACUAUCCAUGCCUCACACUUCAGAACAGACAGGAUGACCCGCAUCAACAUACCUGGGUGGAAGUCAGACGGAAAAUGGCAGCAGGCCAUGUGCAAUGUGUUGCUAAAAGCAGAAGAUGUGAACUGCAUUAACGUAGACUGGAUUAACGGAUCGCUGGAAUACAUCCACGCCGUCAACAAUCUUCGUGUUGCCGGAGCCGAGGUGGCUUAUUUCAUUGAUGUUCUCAUGAAACAAUUUGGAUACCCCCCUUCUAAAGUGCACUUGAUUGGCCACAGCCUGGGAGCUCACCUGGCCGGGGAGGCUGGGGCCCGGACGCCAGGCCUCGGGAGAAUAACUGGUCUGGACCCUGCCGGGCCGUGUUUCCACGACACCCCCAACGAGGUCAGGCUGGACCCCUCGGACGCCGGCUUUGUCGACGUCAUUCACACCAAUGCAGCUCGCUUCCUCUUCGAGUUUGGGGCCGGCACAAUCAACGCUUGUGGGCACCUGGACUUUUACCCAAAUGGAGGGAAACAUAUGCCAGGAUGUGAAGACUUAAUUACACCUCUAUUAAAAUUUGAUUUCAAUGCUUACAAGGAAGAAAUGGCUUCCUUCUUUGAUUGCAACCAUGCCCGAAGUCAUCGCUUUUAUGCAGAAAGCAUUCUCAACCCCCACGCGUUUAUUGCUUAUCCUUGUAGGUCCUACGAGUCUUUUAAAGUGGGAAAUUGCUUCCAUUGUCCCGAAGAAGGUUGCCCAACGAUGGGUCAUUUUGCUGACAAAUUUCACCUCAAAAAUAAGAAGCCUAAUAGACCGUAUUAUUUCUUAAACACCGGGGCUCUUUCCCCAUUUGCCCGUUGGAGGCACAAAUUGUCUGUCACACUCGAUGGAAACAAUGUCACUCAGGGCAGCAUCUUUCUCCGUGUCGGGGGGACGACUGGGAAGACGGAGGAGUUUGGGGUGGCCAGUGGAACACUUAAGCCCGGCAUGACCUAUACAAAAUUAAUUGAUGCAGAAGUUAAUGUUGGCAACAUCACAAGUAUUGAGUUCAUCUGGAAGGAACAUUCAUUUAGGCGUUCCCGGAAUAAGUUGGGAGCAGGCAUGGUGGUAGAUAUAUCUGGGAAAUAUGGACGUGAAUCUACCUUCUGUAGCCAGGACAUGAAGGGACCUAAUAUUGCCCAAAUCCUGAAGCCAUGCUAAUCCGAGAUACAGUCUUGAUGGAUUUAUUUAAUGGGAGCGUGAAAUAUAAUCUCCUUUUGGUUGGUAACCAGACUCAACGUGGCCUUUGUAAAUGAGAUAGAAAAGUACAGUUGUUUUUUUCUGUAUAGAAUGUUUUACUCAUUGGUGAACUUUCACAUGUGCCUUAAAAAUAGACUGAAUUCUAGGACAGAGUAUAGGACUGAGGCCUAUAGGAAUCGGGAGAUCAAGGACAAAACAGAGCUGGGCUGGAACUUCCCCGGGUGAGAGGAGGUGACAUGACAGUUUGGUGAGGUAUAUUUUGAGUAUUUCCAGGAAGAAUAAUCAUUGUUCUAAAAUGAUUUAAAGAAUAUUUAUUAUGUUCAACCUUGCUAAGACAAGUUAUGGCUAGAGUUCAUGAUAUAUAGAUUAUAACCCUGUGGGUUGGUAUGUCUACCUAUUAAUAAUGAAAACUAAUGGGAGUACAUUAGUAUUUCCAAGGUUUUCCUUGGCCUUCAGGGUAAGUGUGAGAUAAGAGAGAUUUUGGAGCUUAACUGUGGUGUGUGCCUCAGUUAGCAGUGGGCCCUGAGCAUCAGCAGCCCCUUCUAGAACCGACCCUCCUCACACAGAAGGUCUCAACUCCCUGGGCCUUGAAGGCCUAGAUACAUAUUA